UUGAAUAUUAGAAAUCGAUGGGAUUUGUGUCUUAUAAACACUCCAUGUGAACAUGUUGCGGCAUUUAAUCCAAGCUUUAGUAUUUGCCGCGUUCUGCGCCCUGGUCAUCGCCGAUGAUCAUUACACCACCAAACACGACAACAUUGACGUCAAUGAGUUUCUCUCCAACAAAAGGUUGGUGAAGAAUGCCAUCAACUGCUUGUUGGAUCGUGGAAACUGCACACCAGAAAUUACCGAAUUGAAGAAGGUUAUUGAUGAUGCUUUGAAGACCGAUUGCAGCAAGUGCAGCGAAAAGCAAAAGGCUAACACCAAGAUUGUGCUCCGUCACAUGUACGAAAAUGAACAAGAAGCUUUCAAAGAACUUGAAGCCAAAUACGACAAGGAUGGAGUCUACAGGAACAAAUACCGUGAAGAAGCCAAGAAGGAAGGAGUCAACAUUUAAAUAACUCGU